AUGCAUGAUGAUGACUGGAAUGCUGACAAUGCCGGCGGGGGCAAGCGCUGUAGGGUUCUCGCCACGGUUGAACGCCACACAAGUCGAUCUUACGGCGAGGCCUUGCAAGUUGCAGGUUCGACCUCCGACAAAGUUCGCGUACAUCCAUUCAUCCACCGUCCGCUACGUCUCACUGGCAACUGCUCAAAACUUACGAGGACGAAAGAGAAUCCGAAGGGCGAGAGUUCGGGCGGUAUCUGUAGUGAGGUCUGGUAUUUAACGCCCGUGGUAAAGUUCAAGUCGGAGAAUAGGGGGUGGCGGAACCCCGAUGUGUACAGACAGUCCUGA